GCGGGCUCGUGAUCGCACGCGUCGCGACGUAGAUACGUCGUCACAAUUAGCAGCGUGUUCGACCUGAGUCGCGGUACAGGGAGGAGUCGUUAUGUCGUUCGGUAGCGGCUUCGGAGCGUCCACGUCGACGCCCGCACCUACGUUCGCAUUCGGCACCACGCCGGCAUCCACAGCGACGCCGGUUAAACCUGUGCCAGGAUUUGGAACACCCUCGUUUGGAUUUAGUACACCGACUACUUCAACGCCAAGCUUGUUUAGCUCGCCAUCGACGCAGACUACUGGAUUUGGUACUGGCACUGGAUUUGGUACCCCGACAGCCACUGGUUUUGGCAGUGCACCUAGCACGGGUUUUGGAGCUGCACCUACAUUUGGUACCCCGUCAACCAGCGCCUUUGGUUCGGCAUCCGCUUUCGGUAGUACUCCCGUUUCCUCCACAACUACUGGAUUUGGUACAACUUCGACAUUUGGCAGCACUCCUGCUCCCACAACUGGUUUCGGUGGUUUUGGGACAGCGACAACAUCGACAUUAAGUUUUGGAGGUUUCGGUGGAUUUGGAACUGCGACCACUACUGCUGCCCCUAGCUUGUUUGGUGGAUUCGGCACUCCAAAUACUGCUUCAACAGGUUUCGGUACAUCAGGUUUUGGUGCAUUUGGGAGCAAACCAGUUACUACUAGUGGUACAUUCGGUGGAUUUGGGACAGGGACAGGAUUCACUGGAUUUGGUACUGGAUUGACGCAGCCUCAACAGCAACAGCAACAACAACAACAACAACAACCUACAAAUACUGCAUCAGAAGCUCUCUACAAUGCCGUGUUCAAUUGUCAAUUGUAUAAUGACGAGCGAGAUAAUACUAUUGCCAGGUGGAAUCUUAUACAAGCAUUAUGGGGUACAGGAAAAGCUUAUUACUCCGUAAAUGCCCCACCUAUAGACCUUACUCAGGAAAAUUCGUUAUGCAGAUUUAAAGCCAUUGGAUACAGUCGCAUACCUGAUGCUGACAACAAUGAUGGUUUAGUAGUAUUAUGCUUUAAUAAGAAAGAGAAGGAUGUACAGGAUGGAAAACAGCAAUUAAUAGCAUUUUUUAAUGGUUUGCUGGGAAAUAAGUCCAAUCUGACAGUAACCGUUGAUAAUAUUAAAUCAACGGGGGAGAACAAAAGUCAAGUGACAAUAUAUGUAUCAGAAAAAGGAAUCACUGGUUCUUACAGAAAAAUUCCUGCUAAUGAAUUGGUUGCAUAUUUAUCGCAAGUCAUGCAAAAACAGCAGUUAGUACAAAAUGGAGUAGAAGAUAUAUUUCCACUGGUAAAACUUGAUCCAUCACAGCUGAAAGAGUACCUAGAUAAUCCACCUUGCGCUAUUGAUGCCAGAUUAUGGAAGCAAGCGCAGUUGGACAAUCCGAAUCCAGAGUUGUAUAUUCCAGUUCCUAUGGUUGGCUUUCAGCAAGUUAAACACAGACUGAAAUGUCAAGAAGAGGAAACUGCUAGACAUAGAGCGUUUUUGGACAUGGCAGCUGAAAAAAUACAAGGCUUACAAAGACAGCACACAGCUACACAAGCCAGACUUAAGGAACAUAGGCGUACAUUGUUGGAACUUCAGCACAGAGUUCUACAGGUGCUGGUACGGCAGGAGAUUACGCGAAAAGUGGGAUUAUCCUUACAACCGGAAGAAGAAGUUCUAACACGCAGAUUUGAAGCAAUGCAUUCGCAAAUCAGUGCUCCAACGCAAUAUAAAGGAAGAAUUAGUGAAAUGCUUUCUCAGCUCAGAAUGAGGCGACACAUCGAUAUUCAGAACCAAGAGAGGUAUACAAUGGAUCCUAUAGCACAGGAUGAUAUUAAAGCGUACCUAAGUAUGGAACAGCAGGGCAUGGCGCAGCUUAUUUCGACAAUAAAUGCUGAUUUAGAAAGCUUAAAAGUCAUUAAAGAUGGAAUGUCAGAGCUUUUGAUGAGCCAAAGUAUAUCAUGAGGAUUGUAAUAUAUAAUAAAAUUUUUUCAUGUCUUCUAUACAA